UUCUCCUUCCUCGUCGGACCCGGAGGCUGUCGUUCAUUACAGUCACCACCGUCAAGCUCUCUCUCUCUCUCUCUCUCUCUGUGUCCCGCGAAAAACCCCACCGAAGCUCGGCCGAGGGUUUAAAGAGCUCAGCAGCUGAGCUCCCUCCGGUCAUACCUUUUUCUCUCUCUCUCUCUCUCGCUGUCAGCGAUGGAGGGCGUGAGGGUGCGGUUACAGUUCGAGGAUCGCCGCAUUCUGAGCAAGUCCCAGAGGAAGGAAGGCCUCAAGAGGAGCUGGAUUGGGCUGAAGCCUCAGCACGAGACAGUCUGCGACCUCGCCUCUCACAUCCUCCACGCCUUCGAGCUGCAGGACUCGUGCCCCCAUGGCCUCAUUCUCUCCAUGGAUGGCUUUGUUUUACCGCCGUUUGAGUCAACUUCUGUGCUAAAGGACAAAGACGUGAUUUGGGUCAGAAAGAAAGAACGAAGUUCAACGGGUACUCCGAGGUUGGGUAGCGGCAAGAAUUCUGUGAAGGCAUUACAAGUUGUGGAGAAGCAGCCCGUAAAUACAAACUUGCAGCUCCUAGCCAAUGAAGAGUUCAUAAAAGAGACUGGAGGUUAUAAAAGUGAGUCUGAAGAAGAUAAAGAUGAGCCAUCUGCGGAUAGAAACAAUGUAGAAAAUGCUGCUAAUGAAGAUGCGGGUUCCAAGAAAAGAAAGGCAUCAAAGAAACUCAAAAGCCCAAAGAGGAAGAAGAGUAGACUUGCCAAUGCUGAAGAAAGCCCGGCAGCUUGUGAAGGUGCUGGAAGGGAGGAACCUGUGGCAGAGAAGGAAACCACUCAAGAUAAUGAAAUCUUAGUCAGAGAGAGCAGGCUUGAGAAGGAUAAGUCUUCUGAUAGUAAGGACAGAAAAGAUAUAGCAAGCACCUCCAAAAAUGACGGAGAAGUUUCUGUUCCCUCUCAGAGUUCACCUGAGGGAAAAGGCAAAGGAAGCGUGGAUGCAUCCCCUGCACCUUCUGAAGCUAAGAAGUUGCCAAGUAGGAGUGCUCGUCGUAAGAAGUUGAAGAGAAAAUGGCUACGUGAAAUGCGAAAAAUUGGAAAAAAAGAGGAAGGUCAGAGGGGACAAUCUUCUGGUGAUGAUGAUUGGAGGAAAAAAUAUCUUGGUAAUAAUGACCAGACAGUGGAUUCCCGUGAUGAUCAGAGAAAAUCAGAAGAGCAUCAGCAACAGCAUCAAAGCCAUAUAACUAAUGCUGCUGCUGGAAACCAACAGCCUCAUCAUGAUAACAGUUCUGGUAAUGGGAUUGUUCCAGUUGAAAUCAGGCCUGGGCAUAUCCGCUUUGAGCCUUUUGAUGAAGAUGCUGAUAGGCCGGUCCAGAAAAGUCCAGUCCCAGUGAUGACUUUCCAAUGGAAUGGAGUAACUGACAAGAAGAAGGGGCAGAAGUGGGGUAAAGAGAAAGGUGCCAGCAAAUGGUCUGAUAAUGGCUAUCAAAAAACUAACUGGACAGAUAACGGCUAUCGAAAAACUAAGUGGGCUGACAAUAGUAAUCAGAAAAAUACAUGGGCUGGUAAGGGUGAUAAAAAAAGUGCAUGGACUGAUAAUAAUUACCAAAAUGCUGCAUGGAAUGGUAGUCAAGAUGUCAAUCAAGAACCUCCUCAAGAGGCAUCCUUGGAAAUACAGGCUCAUCCCAGUGAUUCAACAGACUUCACUAAGCUUUCACCAUAUGGACCUGUGCCUCAGGAAGGCGACAUUGUGGCAUAUCGUGUGAUUGAGCUUUCAUCAUCCUGGACCCCUGAGGUUUCUCCCUUUAGGGUUGGAAAAAUAUCUUCCUGUAAUCAGGGAUCCAAAAAGAUCAGGCUGCUACCUGUCCCAGAGCAUCCAUUUGACUUGGAGAAGACAGACAAAGCCCUUUAUGGAGAAGAUGGCUCCUUGGAGGUGGAUUUUUCGUCACUUAUCGAUGUUCGUGCAUUAAAGCCCAACAAGUCGGAGUCAGCAGUAGCAGUUGGUGGUCAAAUUAAUGAGACCAAUGUAGGGAAUUCAAAUGCCGUGAGCAUCGCACAGGAAAACAAGAAAAAUGGAAUAGACCAAGCUCCAGCACAAGAAAAUGGAGGAGGGAACGUGUGGGAAGAGAUCAGUCAAGCCCUGAGUGCGAAGAAGGAACAGUUGUCCCACGAGGAUAGAUGGAGACAAAAGGGGACUACAACCAAAGGUCCGCCUCCUUCCUCUUACCGGGGCUUGAGGGGAAGCGCUCUGGGCCCGAUAAUGGCCCUCCUAAGAGCGCAGAAUGCGAUGCAGUGAACCCCAGAAUGCAGUCGUUAGGGCCUUAUGUAGGCAGUCGUGAAAAUAUUUGCAACAGCUGAGCUUAUGCUAUCGGCGAUAUAAUGUACGUAUCGAGCAUUGAGGGCCGUUCAGAGGUCCAGGUUUUGGAGAAGGGUAAUUCAUCAGCCCUUCUGUUGCUCUCGAUAACUCAUUUAGUCUGAUCUGGGACUUUGAAUUGUUGUACAUAACUCGUAUUUGGAACAUGCUCUUUUUACUUUGAACCAAAUUGUGCAUGCUGAAGUGAUUCCUUGCAGGUAGACAGUUGGUGGGAACCAAUUCUGUUAUCGAACCAAUCACUAUCCCAAGUGGCCCCAUGUACAUAAACAUGUCGUGACAAAUAUCUGACAUGUCUUGAAUUUGCAAAGUCAAAAGCAUGUAGUCGGA